AUGGCUGACCUACCAGAAGCCUCUACUUCAACUACCCAUGUGGAGACGCCUCCGGACCUUAUGAAUGACCCACGAUUCGCGACCAACACUGGCGCCGGGGAGGAUGGGACAGGAGAUGUAGACACUUGCCGGAUAUGCAGAGGCGAAGGGACCGACCCGGAGCAGCUGUUCCAUCCGUGCAAGUGUAGUGGGAGCAUCAAAUAUGUCCACCAGGACUGCCUGAUGGAAUGGCUGUCACAUUCGCAGAAGAAGCAUUGCGAGCUUUGCAAGACUCCUUUCCGAUUCACCAAGCUAUACUCCCCGAACAUGCCGCAAACGCUGCCCUUCCCCGUCCUCAUACGCCAUGUCAUCAUCCAUGUUGCGAAAAAUCUGGCGACAUGGCUGAGGCUUUGCUUGGUGGUCAUAGUAUGGUUGGCGUUCCUCCCGUAUGUUUUGCGGCAAGUUUGGAGGCUAUUAUUCUGGUUCAGCGAUGGAGGGUGGCCACCAAAUUACUCGAGGCUUGAUCAAGUACGGAAUUCUACUGUUCUACAAGCCCUCGAAGUGGCGCGAGAGAUACAGCUUGCGAGUCUUCCGGAAAACGGAACCUCACCAGUAACGCCUCUCCAAGCUGCCCAGACAACAUCAGCAAGCAUUGGUGGCCUGAUGGACAAACUUUCUGGAUUUCUUAUGCCAAUCUCCCAGACUUUGAAUAUAUCCGGGGCAGACCCCUUAGCGGCCGGUCUUUUGAAGUCCUUGUACUAUGGGUUUGGAAUCCAGAGCGUGGCCAUACCAGAAGGGCCUGCUGUCAAUACAACAACCUCAAAUCAUCUUCUGGACCUGCCUCAUCAGACCCAUAGUCAGUCCGUUUUAAGUGAGGUCUCCUUCCUCCGCAACCUAACUCGGAAUGCGUACCUCAACCAACUUAUUAUCACAAUUGCCGAGGGCUACAUCAUCUCAAUUUUAGUUGUUGUCUGUUUUAUUCUCGUGUUCCUGAUUCGCGAAUGGGUCGUGCAACAGCAGCCGGGAAUCAAUAUGGGGGCGGGCUUCCUUCCCGAUCCCGAAUUUGCUGAGCCUGAGGGAGCAGCAGAGCAGCAACCUGCAGCUGAGGCGCCACCCCCUCGAAGAAAUCCUGAAGCCCGCCGAGCUGCAAGAGCAGAAAAUAGGGAUCAGAAUAUUCAAGUGCCUGAUGAGCGCCCGAUUGCCCGACCACGGCGAAGAAACGUCCAUUUUGGAGAUGCUGAUGAGGUUAUUCCUCCCAGUCCUGGACGUGAUUCGGAUCAAGCACAAACUGGGCCUUCCCAAGCUAACGCGGCGGGUUCGUUUACUGACGCCCGUCCUCCACGGGAAACCUUGCCAUCAGCUGCUGUUGAAAUUCAACGAGGGCUCGCUGAAGAACCUAGGAUGACCGAGGAGUUCCUUGCCAUUUGGCGACGCGCUGACAGCGAUCCUCAAGAAGUUUUGCGAAUUAUUGAAAGAGAAGAUAAAGUUGAUCAAAUGCGUUAUUGGGUUAAUGCUAUGAGAGUCUUACAAAAAGGCCUCCCUCAAGACGAUAACCACAGAGCGCCCGGAACAUCUUCUGUAGCUCCCCAAGCGUCGGACCCGAAUGACAACGAAACGAAGCUGUCUGACACAGCAUUGCCAACGCCCAAGCUCAACUCUCCCAGCCUAGAUGCUUUGCCGACUGAGAGCGAUAGAAGUAGCGGGAGCUCCGAGACCUGGGUGGAUGUGCCCAAGGUAGUUGAUACGGAGCAGCCAAAUAUUGCCGUGAACCGUUUUAACUACUCCGACGCUUCCACAACUCAGAACCAGGAAAGCCAUGACUCGCUGGAUAAGGGGAAAGGAAAGGCAACCGCCGUGGCAGACUUAACCCCUGCUGAUUCAACACUCGAGCGAUUUGCUUGGAGUUCUUCAUCGUCGGGCAUAGCCUCCAAACAAUUGCAGGACGAGCGCUCUAAAGCACGAUCAAAUUCAUUUGCACCGAGUACUUCGAGGCCAAGAUCCGUAUCCGAUGGGCCACAGAGGAAGGAGAAUAUAUCGUUGCUAGCAAAUAACAACUGGAGUUUCUCAAAUCUCCCGGAAAAUGAGAAAACCAAAAGCGAGCUUUCAAGCACACCACGUUCCGGCGAGCCAUUUCAACCAAAGGAAACUACAUACAGGAGUGUGGGAAACCAGGUAUCAUCACCACCUUCAUCCACUCGCGGUGAGCCAAGUACGUCGCCCAUUGCAUCCAGUAUCCCUCCGCCAUUGGUGACCGAUGCCGAGAUCACCGAGCUAGAGCAAAGUCCUAUAGAGGUUGUAGGCCAAGAUGGGAUAACACGCACUUACCGGAAUGUUGAGGAGCUUUUCGCUGCGAAUGAGGUUGAGGAUGAUGACCCCCAAGGACCGGAGCCGAAUCCAUUCCAUCCAGAUGCUCCAUUACCUGACCCGCAAGCACCGAUUGCACCACAGCCUAUGGAGCCUCAGGGUUUGCUAGGAAAUAUUGCUGAUUUCCUAUGGGGGGGUGUUGGUGAGGAAAGACAAGAUGAACAAAGGGGCAAUGAUGAGCGCAUCGUCCAGGACUUAGCAGCUGAAGCUCCAUUCGUCCCUGUUAAUCAGGCUCUUUUUGAUCCGGCCGGCGCCGAGCAGGACGCUGAUGCCGCUGAAGCAGCAGUUCCUGCAGGGAUUGAUCCAAAUGAUCAAGAUGCUAUGGAGGAUGCCGAGGACUUUGAAGGCAUAAUGGAGCUCGUUGGAAUGCGUGGGCCCCUAUUUAGCUUGGUUCAAAAUGCCCUGUUCAGCGCCUUUCUUUUGGCGCUGGCAGUCUCCAUUGGAGUGUGGAUCCCGUACAAUAUUGGGAGAACAUCACUCCUACUUUUGGCCAACCCUGGCCCAGCAUUUAAAUUACCCCUACGACUUAUAUUCGGGUGUAUAGCGUUCUUGCAGGAUCUGACCCUAACGGUACUGGGCAUUGCGUUCUUUUGCCUAAUGGCAAUGCUUUCAUGGCCGCUGCGUAUUUGGUCCUAUUACGUCCAAGAUCUAGGCCCUUCUAUGGCUAUGCACGAAACCCCAUUAGCUGUAACUGCGGUCAAAGUUUCUAGCGAUGCUUUUGAGAGAAUGUUUAAUGGCACAGCAAACAGCUUUGUUCAUGUUGCCGAUUCCGAAAUUUUCGUCUUUUCUGCGGCAUCGCAUGAGUCCCUGAAUACCGUCCAGUCACUCAUCACAAACACAAUCUCUGGGAUCGGAGGCUGGGUGGUCUAUCUGUUCACCGGUAAUUACAGCUUUGCUUGGAGAAGCAUAUGUGCUUUCAUAGGUUAUUGGUUAAGCUUUGGAUGGGGCCUACUUGUCUCCUUACCCAAGCUCCUCUUCAAACCCGAUACUUGGGUGAUCAGCCUAGAGGUAGCAGAACGAAGCGCGCCCCUGGACCCUGCCCUCAGUGUUUGGGAUGGUUGGGCUAGAUUCUGGGCCAUUUUUGCGGGCUACACGCUCCUCUGUAUCCUGGGAAUCCUUUACACCAAGAAGGGCUCGCCUUUCUCAACCGGUCAGGCGGGUCGUGAGUGGGAAGCUUCCUUUCUCGAUCUCCUUAACCAAGCAGGUGGUGUUCUCAAGGUCAUUCUUAUCAUCAGUAUCGAGAUGCUGCUGUUUCCCCUUUAUUGUGGCCUACUCCUCGACGCUGCACUUCUCCCGCUGUUUGACAAUGCCACUAUCAUGUCGCGAAUCCGUUUUACGAUUGACUCGCCCUUCACCUCUAUGUUUGUGCAUUGGUUUGUUGGCACGUGCUACAUGUUCCACUUUGCCCUCUUCGUCUCAAUGUGUCGGAAGAUAAUGCGGAAAGGGGUUUUAUACUUCAUCCGUGAUCCUGAUGACCCUACUUUCCACCCUGUAAGAGACGUAUUAGAACGAAAUGUGGCGACGCAACUACGAAAGAUUCUCUUCAGCGCGUUGGUCUAUGGUGCUCUAGUUGUCAUAUGUUUGGGGGGCGUCGUCUGGGGCCUAGCAGUUGCAUUUAAGAGUGUUUUACCAAUACGCUGGUCAUCCAACGAACCAGUCCUGGAGUUUCCGAUUGAUCUCCUCUUCUAUAAUUUCUUGAUGCCGUUGGCCGUCAAGUUUUUCAAACCUUCGGACGGGCUACAUGCGAUGUACAGCUGGUGGUUUCGUCAAUGCGCAAGAAUGCUUCGACUCACAUGGUUCCUAUUUGAUGAAAGGAAACCAGACGAGGAAGGGUAUAAUGUUCGGAGAACUUGGACAGAUGUUUUCAGAGGAUUCAAGGGCGACCCGACAAAGCUAUUUGACACCGACGAUAAGGACGAGCCGUUCACUACGGAUCCCGAAAUGAGGGCGUAUUUCGUUCGCGAUGGAAAAUACGUCCGAGCGCCAGCAUCGGAUCAAGUAAGGGUCCCAAAAGGGGAACCAAUUUUCCUCGAGGUGGACGAGUUCAAUAAGUUAACCAACGACAACUGGGACCGUUUUCAUGGACCCCAUGCACGCAAUUCCGCGCUGUACAAGCAGGCUUACAUCCCGCCCUGCUUCCGGCUGCGCAUUUGCCUCUUCAUCCUUUUCAUCUGGCUCUUUGCUGCCAUCACCGGAGUCGGUAUUACUAUAGUACCCCUUGUCUUCGGCCGUUACGUGUUUGCGAAGAUCAUACCGCCUCACGUCCGCAAAAACGACGUCUAUGCCUUCUCAAUCGGCAUCUACAUAUUAGGUUCUACUCUUUACGCGGCCCUGCAUAUCCGACAAUUCUUCUGCUAUUUGCGCAAUGCGCUUGCUGUUGAUGCGGAUACGCCCCACAACGUACUGCGUCGUGCUACCACAAUUGUCUCUCGUGUUUCCCGCAUUGUAUGGACAUAUUCUGCGUUCCUCUUCAUCCUCCCUACGCUCUUCGCGUUCCUCGUCGAGUUCUACUUCAUCGUACCACUUCACACCUACUUCUCCGCACACGAACGCCACACCGUACAUUUUGUGCAGAGCUGGACUCUCGGACUCUUGUAUGUCAAAAUUACGACCCGCCUUAUCCUCUGGCACGAAAAUUCACGUCCCGCAAUAUCACUUCGGGCCAUCACCCGUAACGGCUAUCUGGACCCGGACGCAAAAUUGGCGACGCGUAGCUUCAUAUUACCUGCUGUUUUAAUUCUUUCUACAGCACUAUUCUUCCCUUGGUCUCUAGCUAGAAUUGCAGCUGCGGCUGUAUGGAAAAACAAUCCCGAGAGCCACACUUUAAUUUACAGAUACGCACAUCCUAUAUGUCUGGCGCUCUGCUGCAUGGGGUUUGCGGCGGCGCAUCUGUUUGGCCUGCUCAAGGAGUGGAGGAUGAUGAUUAGAGAUGAGGUCUACCUAAUAGGAGAGAGGUUACAUAAUUUCGGGGAUAGGAAACCAGUUAGCCCCGGGGUUGCCAGUGGCGUGGCUUCUGUCAGAAGGCUCGAGACUUGA